CGAGCGAUGUGCGGAGUGGACCCGUUCACGCUGCAGGCAGCCGACUGCAUGGUGGACGUUGUCGCGCGUCGAUGCCUCGGGCAUUCGCUAGUAUUUCUGGUCUUGCGGAUGAACUACAUGUUGCGUGGCAGUACAGCUCAAAGCCAGAAAGACCCUUGGCAGUCGCAAAUUCGUGGCAAGCGUCUGGCACAGAAGCCGUGAGUGAAGCAAGUCGCUGCCGAUAGCGGGAUCAUCAUGACGCAAAAAGUGUGUCCACGCUGCCAGGAUGCUGUCCCCUCGCGCUCAACUUUGGCUCAAGAUGGCUCGGACGUGCAACCUCAGCCUGGGCUGCAUGGGAAUGGGUCUCAUCUUGGCCUUGACUGGGGUGUCACUGUUGGACCUGGUGGAGAUCUACGGUUCCGACAUAUCGAGCGUGUCUCACCUCAUUACCACCCGAUGCGUCGGCGGCCUGCUGGGAUCCCUGCUAGGUGGCAAGCUGUACGACACGUACAACGUGCAGACCAUGUCCAUCUUGACAAUGGCGAUUGCCUGCGUGACGGUGUUCAUGAUUCCACUGAGCGGAAGCCUGCCGCUGGCGCACGUGAUGGUCUUCUUCGGCGGGAUCAGCUUCGGUGCCUUCGACACCGGGGGUCUACUCUACGACCGGCUGAAUACGCAGCUUCUGAGCGUGCUGUUCACGGCGCUCACGUCGGCCAGCGUGUUCGUGACGCCAUCGUCCGGUGAGCUUCUGUACGCGCAUGGCACGUCCGUGCUGGCGGGAUUUUCCAUGGGUGCCUUGGACACCGGUGCAAACGUGUGGCUCAUCAACUUGUGGCCUUCCGGGUGUGGUCCGGUGCUCCAGGUAUACCACCUCGCAUUUGGAGUGGGCGCCUUCAUAGCGCCAUUCGUUGCCGAGCCCUUCCUGUCCUGCAACACCUCAGUGACUGCAAACACCACCCGUCAUGGCGGCCUGCUGAUCGGCGCAGACACCCUUUCGAGAGAACCGCAACUACCGUUCGCGUUCGGAAUCGUAUCGGGAUUCAUAGCACUCGUGGCGACAUCGAUGUUUGUCGUGUACCUUGUGGACCGAUCGGACUGCAAGCCGUCCGGAGGCGAGCAGUCGAGCCAACCUGUGAACUUGGUCCUAGUAGGCCUCUUAGGAUGCUACAUCAUGGCGUACUUGGGACUGGAAUGCUCCUACGGCCAGAUGCUGGCCACUUUCGCCGUUGAGAGCGAUCUUCGGAUGACCAAGUCCGAAGCCGCCUAUCUGACGUCCCUCUACUUCCUAACAUUCACAGUUGCGAGGAUUGGUUCUGUGCUUUGGUCCAUGCUUGCCAGACCCUCUUGCAUCCUCAUCACUUGCCAACUGCUCACUGCUGUCAUCUUCACUCUGCUGGUGGUGUUCGGUGAUUCCUCCGCCACAUGGCUGUGGACUCUGUCGGGACUUGCGGGUGUUUCGCUCGCGGCCAUCUUCGCUGCUGCCGUGUCCUACACCGUACAGUUCGUCGUCAUGACCAACAGGCUGAUGUCUAUGGUGACGGUGGCGGCUUCCCUGGGAACCAUGGUGCCUCCGCUUUUUGUCGGCCUCUUCAUUGAGAAAGACCCCAUGAUGUUCACUUACGUUUGUCUCGCGACUGCUCUCAUAAUGAGCGCUUUUUGCUUUGCCAUGUACCUGGUCACUAGGGGCAGACCAUUGGUCACUGCGGACGUUUCAGAGACACAAGGAGGCCACGUCGGCUGAACUGUGUACGUCAAACGCUCGCUGAGGAGCCAUAUAGAGAAAGAUAGAAAAAGAGAUUUUUUCAAAUAAUAAAUUCUCCCGGCGUAUAUAAAUGCACCUAUUCUGUGAAGGAAAUGGGAAUUGAGGACAGGAUAGGCCCUAAGAGUAUGAGGAAUACGAGAAAAGAGGAUAAAAAGUAUCACUGA